CCGGCGCCGAAUCGAAACUAAAACCACAUAAAAACGCAGUUCCGGGACGCAAACCAAACAAGGUUAAGGUAAUGCCAGUGAGCAGGUCACACAACGACAGUGUUAAAGGGGGGAAGAUUCCUUCAGAGAGACAGAAAAUCCCUUUAAGGAAAACCAGGCUUAUGGACAGUUCUCAUAUGACAAUCCGCAACACAGCUGCAAGGUUGCUGGUGAUUUAGACUCCUGAUUGGAUUCGACUGGUUCCUGUCAUAUAGCCCUACUGUAUAAGGCGAAUAAGGGAUGUGUUACCAUGUGUGACUCUAGUGCAAACAAAGAUGAUGUCUCAUCAGACCAAACAGCCAGUUCCUGCUGUUUACCUGAAGCCAAAACUCUCAAUGAAGCCGAAAGUGUUGAGGUUGGCCAGCAGAAGAGAGUGGGCUCUCCAGGGCUCUCCAGCUGUGUUUCCAUGAAAAGUGAGGCAUCAAUGGAUCCACCAAUUAAAUUAGAGAAGGAAGAUCAAUGUUUUCAGGCAGAGAGACCCUAUGUUGACAGCUGUGUGUCGGUUCAGAGCAGCUGGUCUGUAGAUUUACCACCCAAUAUCCAUGCGGAUGUUUCUUCCACUCAGCAAAGUCGUCCCAUGACAAAGUAUCAAACGAAUGUUACUGCUGUGUUGCAGCAACUUGAAAAGAAAGUCCUUGAUUUUGUGAAGAAAGAGCUCAGAAAAAUCAUCAAGGUUUUAAAUCCAGAUCCUUUGGAUUGUGUGAACAGUCAACCAGAGGAAGAAGAGAUUGGGAAUGCUGUCGGGGCCAAAGAAGCAGUGGUCAAUAUCACAAUACACAUUCUGAAGAGCAUGAAUGAACACAGCCUUGUCGACAAGCUACUUCAAUUUCAAAUUUCUGCAUAUCAGCAAAAGCUUAAGUCCAAUUUGAAGAGCAGAAGCGAAUGUGUAUUUGAAGGAAUUGCUAAGCAAGGAAAUCCAGCCCUCCUCAACAAGAUCUACACAGAGCUGUACAUAACAGAAGGAGGGAGCGGAGAGGUCAAUAAUGAGCAUGAGGUGAGACAGAUUGAGACAGCAUCCAGGAGACCAGAGACACAAGAAACACCAAUCAAAUGUAAUGACAUCUUUAAAGCUUUAACUGGACAAAACAAACCCAUCAGAACUGUGUUGACUAAAGGAGUUGCUGGAAUUGGAAAAACCGUCUCUGUGCAGAAGUUCAUUCUGGACUGGGCUGAAGGAAAAGCAAAUCAGGAUGUUCACUUCAUAUUUCCACUUCCAUUUAGAGAACUGAAUCUGAUUAGCCAAAACCAGUACACUUUGGAGCAGCUUGUUAAUUUUUUCUAUAAAGAAAUCAAUGGAUUAAAACUUUCAAACCUUGAAAACUACAAAGUCAUUUUUGUCUUUGAUGGCCUGGAUGAGUGUCGACUGCCUCUAGAUUUUAGGAACAAUAAGAGGUGCUCUGAUAUAACUGUGGCUGACUCAGUGGAUGUGCUGCUGACAAAUCUCAUCAAAGGGAAUCUGCUUUCUUCUGCUCUGAUCUGGAUCACCACUCGACCAGCAGCAGCCAAUCAGAUUCCUCCUGAGUAUGUUGAUCAGGUAACAGAUGUACGAGGGUUCAAUGACCUUCAGAAGGAUGAGUAUUUCAUGAAAAGAGUAAGCGAUCAACGUCUGGCCAACAGUAUCAUUACACACAUCAAAUCAUCCAGGAGUUUGUACAUCAUGUGUCACAUCCCAGUCUUCUGCUGGAUUUCAGCCACUGUUCUUGAAAGAAUGUUGAGUAAAGCAGAGACUGGAGAGAUCCCCAAGACUCUUACUCAAAUGUACACACACUUCCUGAUCUUUCAGACACAACAGAUGAAUGACAAGUACAGGGAACUUCGUAAUUUAGAUCCAAGCUUGAGUAGAGAGAACAUUCUUUCGCUCGGAAAGCUGGCCUUCCGGCAGUUGAGGAAAGGUCAUGUGAUCUUCUAUGAAGAAGACCUGAAAGAGUGUGGCAUUGAUGUCAAAGAUGCAUCACUGUACUCAGGACUGUGCACCCAGAUCUUCCGAGAGGAGUUUGGAUUAUACCAACGGAAAGUCUUUUGCUUUGUGCAUCUCAGUUUCCAAGAGUAUCUGGCAGCUUUAUUUGUGCACCUCCAAUGGCUUACAACCCAACAGCCCAUGGGUGAUGAAAUUCAGAUACCAUCCCAUGAUAGAGAAUUCGGAGAGCUUUGUAUGACUUCAACUCUGUUUGACCUACACAAGAGCGCUAUAAACCAGGCUUUAGGGUCAAAGAAUGGCCAUUUUGACCUUUUCCUCCGCUUCCUCCUUGGUCUUUCACAGGGGCUCACUGAGACGUUGUUUCGGCACCUUUCAAUACAAAUAGGAAACAGCUCACACAACAGGGAAGACACAGUCAGAUACAUAAAGGAAAAGCUCGGGGUAGGUCUUAGCCCUGAGAGAUCCAUCAAUCUUUUCCACUGCCUCAAUGAACUGAACGACCAUUCUCUGGUCGAGCAAAUUCAAGCGUACCUUCAAUCGGGAAGACUUUCAUCUGAGACACUUUCACAUGCCCAGUGGUCGGCUUUGGUGUUUGUGUUGCUCACAAGCGACGAGGGGUUGGAGAUUUUUGAUUUGAGAAAAUUUUUGAAAUCAGAUGAUUGUCUUUUAAAGCUUCAACCUGUUAUCAAGGCCAGUCGAAUUGCCAUAUUGUCUGCAUGCAACCUGACCAAGACAUCCUGUUCAGCUUUGGCUUCUAUUCUCAAAUCAAAUCCCAAUGUUCUGAGAGAACUGGACCUGAGUUAUAAUGACCUUCAAGACAACGGUGUGAAACAUCUUUGCUCUGGACUGCAGAGUCCACACUGCAAACUGGAGACAUUAAAACUGGAGUUUUGUAGACUCAGAAGACAAAACUGCAAAGUCCUUGUUUCUGCUCUUAAGUCAAACCCAUCACAUCUUAAAGAGCUGAACCUGAGCUACAAUGAAAUUGGAAAUGAUGCAGCAACAUGGAUUCUGGGUUUGCUUCCUGAUUGUAGGCUGGAGACUCUUAGGCUUUCAAACUGUGGGAUUACAAAAGAGGCCUGUGUUUUCCUUGAAUCUGCUCUGAAUUCAAAACCGUGUCACCUUAAAAGACUGGACCUGAGUCAUAAUAAACUUUGGGACUUAGGAGUUCAGGUGUUUCCUCGUUUACUUAGAAACCCAAAUUGUAACCUGGAAGAGUUGAGAUUGGAGAGUUGUAAUAUGACGUUUGAAGGUUGUGGACUCUGUCUGGAGGAGUCUCGCCUCAGAGCUCUUGAUCUGUCUGAUAAUAACCUGCAGGAUAGAGGAGUGAAUAAGCUUGUGAACUCACUGAAGAAUCCACUCUGUAAACUUGAGAAAUUAAGGCUGUCAGGUUGCAAAAUGAGCGAUAAUGGUUUCUCAUACUUGGCUUCUGCUAUGGGAUCAAACCCCUUCAGCCUGAAAGAGUUGGAUCUGAGCUCAAAUAAUCCGGGAUCCUCUGGAAUAAGGCAGCUGUGUUUAGUUCUUGGAGAGAAGAGUUGUGCUCUUGAAAAGCUGGGGUUGUCCAACUGUUCGCUCCCUGAUGAAAGUUUUGAAUACUUGGCCUCAUUUCUGAGUUGUCAGUCCUCAUUGAUUGAGUUGGACCUUAGCAGAAACUCCAUCAGCCAGCAGAGGGAGGACUUUCUGAGAUCUAUAUCAGACAUCAAACUUUCAUUUUAAGUGUAAUUUUACAUUUUUGACAUCAUUGCAUUCAAUAUAAAAAAAAAACAUUACAAAAGUUUAUUGUCUAAUGACAACUGUAAGCAGAUUUUUUUAAGCAGAGUGAAUUGCUUAUACUGAGACAUUGAUUUUUUUAUACAUUUUUAAAGCAAAUGGAUUAUACAGUAAAAGUUGAAUGUAUUUUUAUUUUAUUUUUUUAAGUAUUUUUGAGACUUUUAUCAUUGUGCAAGUGUAGCAAUAUUUGCAUUCUAUUUGGAGUCCGGCUUUAUUAAGUUAACUGUAACUGAAAUAACAGAGUAUUAUUUAUAUUCUUCUGUCAUCCACUACACAAACAGUAAAGAGGGAGUUUGUUAUUUUAUCUUGAAUAUGAAAGUAGAUGUGGCCUUAAUUUGGCCUUCCAGUUAUAAACGAACAAUCUGUCAUUAUUUACCCAUUCUUGUGGUAUUUCAACCCUGUAUGUGUUCCUGUGUAGCUCAGUGGUAGAGCAUUGUGUUAGCAGAGCAAAAGGUCAAGGGUUAGAACCCAGAGAACACAAAUACUGAUCAAACAAAAUGUAUAGCCUGUAGUGCAUUGUAAGUCACUUUGGAUAAAAGUGUCUGCCAAAUGCAUAAAUGUAAUGUAAUGUAUGCAGGAUGUCAGUAUUGAAAAAUCAUAAAUAAUGAGCAGGGAACUGAAAGAAAAAUGUAUUUACGACAAAAAUCUUUCCUGAAGCUCAUUUGCACUUUCAAAAAUAUUGACAUAAUUUCUAUUGGUUUUCAUGAGUGUAAUAACCAAAAAAGUAAACAAAAACAGAACUUGAAUUUUUCAGUCAACUGUUCCUUUAAAACAUGUGACAUGAUUUUGUGGCACAUAAUAAAAUAUUUUUAGUUGUG